AUCCAUGCAGUCGUCAGCGGUCAGUUCCAGAAACGUCCUGGCGAGCAGGGAAGCAUUAGACUACCUAGGCACGACAAUGUCAGUGCGGAUCUAUUGGGUUCCCAGCCACCAGGGCAUCGAAGGUAACAAGACAGAGGAUUUAUUGGCUAAGGAAGGCGUCGGGUUGGGCAUUGACAGAACCGAGAACGUGCCUGUCUCCCUUAGAACGCUACAAAGCGCUCUGGAGAAAUGAGCGGACAAGAAGGGCAGAAGCCAGUGGAAGAGUACCACCACCUGCAGAAUCUCGAGAACCAUGUGCAAGGAGCGCAAUGGUAAACUUAGCCACUACUUACUGCACCUUCCACGGAAGGACUGCAGAAUGCUAGUGGGAAUACUCACAGGACACUGUCUAACUGCAGCACACGCAGUUAAACUAGGCAUCACCAACAGUGGUAACUGCAGGAAAUGCGAUGAAGAAGGGGCUAUCGAAACCCUGGAACACCUCAUAUGCAGCUAACCGGCGCUAUCAAGGGCAAGAAGAAAAUACCUGGGUACCCCGGUGAUGGCAUCACUGGAAGAGGCCUCUAUAAGGACACCAGGGAAACUUCUUGCCUUCGCGAAAAACACCUCGAUCCUCAAGGACUUUGACACCUCACAACAAUGAAGAAGGUGCAUACACUCCCCAUCCGGACAACUAAGGGCCAUAUCGGCCUAUGCGUGGCCCCAUGAGGGCCGUCCGGGUCAACCUAACCUAACCUAAUAUCAUUAAUACUACAUAACAAUACAGCAAACAAGAGAACAGCUGGUGGCAGGUUGAAGUGGUCUGCCGAGAUGGAGAACCUGCUUAUAGAUGUCUGGCAGGAGAAGAUCGACGAUAUUCGUGGACCACGGAAGAAUUCCCACAUAUAUAUUGCCCAUUCCAUGAAGGAGGCUGGGCUCGACAUGGAGUGGCCAGAAGAUCGAAGCAAGAUCGAAAAUCUGACGAAAAAAUACAAGACGGAAAAAAAUAUAAUUGGACCAAGCGGGGGUGCUCCAUCGGGAUGGCAGCUAAACUCGUUCCUUGGAUCAUUUCGUAUAAACAAUGUUGACCAAAAUACAUUAGACAACCACAACAUCGACGAAUACUUUUUGGAGUCUGUCGAGGUGGACCCUAACGGCUCAAACUGCGCCAGUGCGCCCCCGACCAAGCGCGCAAAACAGGACGCCCAGACAGAGCUUCUGAGCAUUGCACGGGAAAGGCUGGACAUACAAAAAGCCCAGCAAAAAACAAACGACACACGGACAGAAAUACUCCAGCAAAUGGCGAGCAGCAACGAUACAUUUCAAAGUGAACUGCUGCAAUUUCUUCGAGAGUCCAAGGCCAACAAUAAUUAAUUCCUAAUAUAUUUAUUGCUACUUAUAAUGAAAAUUUACAUAAGAAACAAAAAUAUAAACAU